AGUGUCAGAGACAAACAUCCAGUCAUGAUGGCUUUCUUCUGGCAACGUGCACUGCUUUUCAGCCUGGCAGCUACCAUGUCCGUCUAUGCAGACAUGAAACUGGACUGCAGGCCAGAUUUUAUGACUCUGGUGUGGACGGAGAGCAGAUCCCAGGCUGAUACUUCGCUCUUCCGUCUGGGUAACUGCUUCCCCACCACCUACUCGGCCACCGAGGCUGUUUUCAGCAUGGAUUUCAACAAUUGUAACUUCAGGACACUGGUAACUGGGGAUCUGCUGAUGUACACCAAUGAUCUGACCUACAGUUCCUCCCCUGACUCUCACAUUAUGGGCUUCACUCACCCCGUUGUCUGUGCAUAUGAGAGGCCUAAGGACUGGUACCCCAUGAUUUAUGACCCAGUGUUUAAUACAUACGGUCUAGGAGAUCUAGUGUUCCACAUUGGACUCAUGAAUGCUGACUUUUCAGGCCCUGCUGAAUCUACUACUUUUCCACUGGGCUCCAUUAUCCCGAUCAUGGCUAGUGUGGCGCAACAGACCCAUCAGCCAUUGCUGCUGCUUCUUGAGGAAUGCGUAGCAGCUACCACACCGGCUCUGCAGCCUGAAAGCACUAUAUACACGAUAAUCACUAAUAAGGGAUGUCUUGUGGACAGUAUGAUCUCACGCUCUAAAUUCGAGCCAAGGCAAAAAUCAUCGGAGAUCCACCUAUCCCUUCAAGCCUUAAGGUUGGGUGCUGGGGAAGAGGUGUUUAUCCACUGUAAACUUGUGGCUUGGGAUCCCAACGGUCUUGACAACACCAAGAAGGCCUGCCACUAUGUUAAAGAGCAUGGCUGGGAGCUGCUGGACAACUCUGCAUACAGCAAUCUCUGUGACUGCUGUGAGUCUAGCUGCAAGUCCAGGAGGAUCAGGAGUAUAUCAGGGAAGUAUGGUAUGGUACAAAAAGCAGUCCUUGGGCCACUCACCAUCACUGAUGUGAAUUCCUGAAGUAUUCUCAAGGAAUGGAUCCAUCUAACACACUGGCUCAUCCAAUCUGAAUCGGGUUUUUAUUCUUGGUUUUGUACGCUUCUAAGAGCUUAAUGCCUGUCUCUUUGCAUUUCAGA